AUGUCGACUCUUGUACCCCCUCCGACAAAACGCCAGAAGACGGAGAUUGCCGAGAAGGCGCGUCUGCAACAGGAGAUCGAAAGCAUCCCAGAUAACCUGGGCAGUGUCCGAGUGCAGUUCUUCGACCAAGCAACAGGAUCCGCAACGGGACCUGCAGUGUCCGUCCCAGUGGCCGAUGCCAAUGUGAAAAAUCUUGAGACCCUUUUGAAUACAUUACAAGGCAAUGAAGAUGAUGAACGAGUACCGUACCGGUUCACCUACCAAUCUCAGGAUAAAGACAAUCAGGCCAUCGACAUCUUAGCGGAUCUCUAUCAUUCGUUACUCCAGCCUGGACUCAGAACAACCGAAGAUACCAUCUCUCUAUACUUUACCCCGCAGGCAGUGUUCCGAGUGAAGGCUGUUUCACGAUGCGCUGCCUCUAUAGCUGGACAUGGUGAAGCCAUUCUUGCGACUGCAUUCUCCCCUGUAUCCUCUUCAACAAUGGUGACCGGAAGCGGCGAUUCGACAGCCCGUGUCUGGGAUUGCGAUACCGGUACACCGUUGCACACACUGAAGGGACACACCAGUUGGGUGCUAGCAGUCGCUUACUCCCCCAACGGUGCGAUUAUCGCGACGGGUAGCAUGGACAAUAGCGUACGACUGUGGGAUGCAAAGAAAGGACAGGCACUGGGAGGCCCGCUCAAGGGACAUGCGAAGUGGAUCACCAGUCUGGCGUGGGAACCGUACCAUGUGCAAGAAACUGGUCGGCCGCGAUUGGCUUCGGCGUCGAAGGAUUCUACUGUCCGUGUCUGGGACGUUGUAUCGAAACGAAUUGAUAUUGUGUUGUCCGGUCACAAAGGCUCGGUCACCUGCGUCCGCUGGGGCGGCAUGGGCAAGAUUUACACAGCCUCCCAUGACAAGACCAUCAAGGUGUGGGACGCCAAACAGGGUACCCUCAUUCAGACACUACAGGCCCAUGCGCACCGCGUGAACCAUCUAGCCCUUUCGACCGACUUCGUUCUGAGAACCGCCUACCACGACCACACUAAGAAAGUCCCUGAAGCCGAUGCCGACAAAGUCGCCGCAGCCCGGAAACGCUUCGAGCAAGCGGCCACCGUCGAUAACAAGAUUGUUGAGAGACUCGUAUCUGCAAGUGAUGACUUCACUAUGUACUUGUGGGAGCCGGAGAGCUCCAACAAGCCGGUUGCUAGAUUACUGGGCCACCAAAAGGAGGUCAACCAUGUGCCUUCUCCCCCGAUAUGGCAUAUAUUGCAUCCGCUGGAUUCGAUAAUCAUGUUCAUCACUACUUUCCGCGGCCAUGUCGGCGCAGUCUAUCAGUGCUGUUUCUCAGCAGACUCCCGUCUCCUGGUAUCCUCCUCCAAAGACACCACUUUGAAGGUGUGGAACGUCCGCACUGGCAAACUGGCCAUGGAUCUCCCAGGGCACAAGGACGAGGUCUUCGCAGUCGACUGGAGUCCCGAUGGCGAGAAGGUGGGCAGCGGCGGUAAGGACAAAGCCGUGCGGAUAUGGAGAAAUUAA